AUGGACGGUGGCGGCCAAAGCCUGAAUAUUCUUUCUUCCCUCGGCACUUCCCACCAACAACAAAAGAAGCAACAACAACAACAGCAGCAGCAACAGCAGCAGCAGAAUCGUCGCCGACUCACCAAAAAGCCUCCGCCCUCGUCAUACCAACACUCUUCGUCGACGAGCUUCGAUGGUCGCACAAUCGACACCCAGUCUCUGCAGAGCAAAGGCAGCUCCACGAGUUUGAGGCGCGCUCCGAGCGCUCCCCAAACCCGCACGUCUUUCUCGGCCUACGCGUCCUCGUCCACGUCCUCUUCGCCGCGCCAUCUGCCCUCUGCAGGCACCCCGUCGCUCUCAAACCCCUCACCCAACCUACCUGGCGGCGAGUUCCUCACGGCCGACUACCAGCAAUAUCAGCAUCAGAAGACGCAGCAACAUCAGCAGCAGCAGCAGCAGCAGCAGCAGCAGCAGCAGCAGCAGCAGCAACUGUAUUCUCCUCCUCAUCCUUCUUACCCGUACCCAUACAACGCUUCGAUUGCGGCCGCUGCCUCUGCUGCUGCAUCCGCGCCCUCCAAUCGUAUGAAUCACAGCGCCAUCCCCGACGCCGUUGUCCGCUCGCCGUCAAACGGUAGCGCUCUCACUUCGGCCUCCGAGGACUUUGUCGGCGCACCCUUUGACGGCGCCGCCAUCUUGAACCGCAUCGAAGAGACUACGACACCCACACCUGCCCCGAACUCUUCGUCUUUGUCCUCAAAUCUUCCCCCACAACAGUCAUUUCAGCCCUCGCGGAACGCCCCGGUACCGCCAACCGCCGCCAACACCACGAUGCAGGCCUCGGGCUUCCCCACGAGCGUGCCAGGCGGCUCAACGCCAUCCGCCGGUGCCGCCAGUGCUGCCAAUGCCGCCAAUACCAGCAAUCCCGCUGUCGCCGCGAUUUCGACAACGACCGCCGCAUCGGCACCCGUUACAGCCGCUGCGUCUCCCACGCCUUCAAACGAGUUGAGCGAGAAGACCCCGUCAGCACAGUCUGGGCCGACCUGGCCUUCUGGAGGCUCUAGCGCCGACUCGCAGCUCCCAGGCACGAAGCGUUACUCCGACGAAGGCAGAGAGCUCAGGGGACCGAGCAUGUUGCGCAAAAAGUCGGGCUUCUCAGGCUUCAUGACCAGCUUGGUCGGCUCACCAAAGAAGCCGCUGAUUUCUGCACCGGAGAACCCCGUUCACGUCACGCAUGUCGGCUACGACAGCAAUACGGGACAGUUUACGGCAAAAAAGGAGCGCACGCAAAAUCCAGAAGCCCUCAUGCAGGUCAUCACGUUCUACAAGGAGACGACGGAGAAGCCACAGGAGGACCAGGUGUUGGAAAAGUUUCACGAUGCCCGCCCUGGUAUGCCUCCACAAGCAAACUCGUCAACGUCUUUGACGGCUCCGUCCCCCAACGUCCCGGCAGGUGGUGUUCCCGGAGCAUUCAACCCCAUGUCACCGCUCAUGAGCCCGCCCACGAGUCCUCGCUUCCCGCUCGUCAACUACGAAGGCAGCUUUGUGAACCCCCGUUCGCCACCACCCGUACCCAAAGGCCCGGGCUCGUCUGGCCUGAAGGAUAUCAACCUGAUGCCCAGCCGACCCGCACCCCGGCCACCUGUAAGCCUGCCGUCUCGCACCGCGCCCCAGGCACCAUUCCCGCCCACCAAGGACUCGGGCAUUGGUAUGAACCAUCAGCAAGACGAUGGAACGGGCCAACCGCCGAUUGCACCUCCGCCGAAAGACAACGUCCCCAUGCUUCCCGAAGAACACCGCUCUCGGUCGAACUCGCGUGUCACAGCGCCGUACCAGCCGCCAGGGGCUGGCGGCGUGAGCAGUGCACAGCAGGCGAACGCGGCCGCCCAAGCCGCUGCGUACCAGCAGCAGCUCCUCCAGCAACAGCAGGACCAGGCCAUUGCGCAGGCGCAGGCCGCUAUGACUGGACAGCUGGGACGGACGACCAGCACACGCCAGCAGCAGCACAAACCAAUACAGCAACAGCAGCCCACACCGCCGCAGUCCCAGCACCACCAGUUUGCUCGCUCGCCCGACAUCAAUGGCGCUGGGCGCUCACCACAGGCCCAACCGUAUCCGGCAGCAGCGACGACCACACAGCAGCAGCAGCAGCUCCAGCAGUUGCAGUCCCAGGCCCGGCCGCGCCAGCGACCACGUACGAACACCGCUACUGGUAUCGAUAUCUCUGCGCGCCUCCGGCAAAUCUGCUCCGACGGCGACCCGCACCGUAUGUACCGUGGCUUCAACAAGAUUGGCCAGGGUGCCUCGGGUGGUGUCUACACGGGCUUUGAGCGGGGCAGCAACCGGUUGGUUGCCAUUAAGCAGAUGAACCUGGAGCAGCAGCCAAAGAAGGACCUGAUCAUCAACGAGAUCCUGGUCAUGAAAGACAGCUCCCACCCGAACAUUGUCAACUUCAUUGACAGUUACCUGUGGGAGGGCGAGCUGUGGGUCAUCAUGGAGUUCAUGGAAGGCGGCAGCUUGACUGAUGUUGUCACGUACAACAUCAUGACGGAAGGCCAGAUUGCGUCCGUCUGCCGCGAAACUCUAAAGGGUUUACAGCAUCUGCACUCCAAGGGUGUCAUCCACCGUGACAUCAAGUCGGACAACAUCCUACUGUCUAUGGAAGGCAACAUCAAGCUCACUGAUUUCGGCUUUUGCGCGACUAUCAACGAAGCCCAAAACAAGCGGACUACUAUGGUCGGUACGCCUUACUGGAUGGCUCCUGAGGUGGUCAUGCGUAAGGAGUACGGCCGCAAGGUCGACAUCUGGUCUCUCGGUAUUAUGGCCAUUGAGAUGAUCGAGGGCGAGCCGCCCUACCUGACGGAAUCGCCGCUGCGCGCUCUCUGGCUAAUCGCCACAAACGGCACGCCUGUCAUCAAGGAGGAGCACAAUCUGUCCGAGGUCUUCCGCGACUUCCUCUACUUUGCCCUCAAGGUGGAGCCUGACAAGCGGGCAAGCGCCCAUGACCUGUUAAGGCAUGAUUUUAUGAAGCUAUGUGUGGACUUAUCGCAGUUGUCGCCGCUGGUUCGUGCCGCCCGUGAAGCGAAAGCCCAGGAGAAGGCUCGGAAGGGGCAAUGA